CCGCCGCCGCCGACCAGACCGUCACCGUCACCGCCGUCGCCACCUCCGCCGCACCCUUCUAUCAAAAGCUUAGAGAAAAACGGCCAUUUCAGUCAAUGGCUUCCGUUGCAGCAAAUCCCUCCUCCAUUAAACAAUCUGGGUUUCUAUCUCCAUCCUCUUUUCUCAGCUCCCAAACCAGCCCAUUUAAAGGAAGCCAAUCUUUCAUCCAAUUCAAAACCCCAGUUGAUAACAGAACUUCCCUAUCGAUUAGGACAGUGUGGUGUUCGCAAAAAUCCAGCGUGGCCCAUGUCGUCAACAAUGAUGCUCCGAAAAAGACUACUGCAAAUCCCAUUAUUGUAAUUGAUAAUUAUGAUAGCUUCACUUACAAUCUUUGCCAGUACUUGGGAGAGCUUGGGUGUAACAUGGAGGUUUACCGGAAUGAUGAGCUGACGGUGGAGGAAUUAAAGAAGAAAAAUCCAAGGGGGAUUUUGAUAUCUCCAGGGCCUGGAGAACCUCAAGAUUCAGGAAUAUCAUUGCAAACGGUAUUGGAACUGGGACCAAGUGUACCAUUAUUUGGCGUGUGUAUGGGGCUGCAGUGUAUUGGGGAGGCUUUUGGAGGGAAAAUUGUACGCUCACCUUUUGGUGUGAUGCAUGGAAAGAGUUCUCUUGUGUACUAUAAUGAGGGUGAAGAAGAGGGUUUGUUAGCCGGCUUAUCCAACCCUUUUACUGCUGGUAGAUACCACAGCCUUGUGAUUGAAAAGGUAAGUUUUCCUAGUGACAAACUUGAGAUAACUGCUUGGACGGAAGAUGGGCUCAUUAUGGCUGCUCGUCACAAAAUAUAUAAGCAUCUCCAGGGAGUGCAGUUCCACCCAGAGAGCAUCAUAACAGAUGAAGGCAAAACAAUAGUUCGUAAUUUCAUCAAGAUGAUUGAGAGAAAGGAAGCUGAAUCUGAGGACUGAAUAGUUAUAGUUUAUCUUGUCAAAGCAUCAUGUUCAGGGAAUUCAUAAAAUUCUCAAGACUAGAUAUUGCAAUUUAUUGGCUUGUUUUCUUUUUGGAAUAGAAUUUGAAAAACCUCACUGGGCUCUCCUUCCCUUAACAGUGUGUGGAUAUAGAAUUGCUGCUGUAUACUUUUCUACAGGGCUAAAACACCUUAUGUAAUAUUGUUAGGA